AUGGAAGAUGAUGAGGCUGUCGAAGAUUUGCUAGAGGUUUACAUCAAAAGUCUUGAAGAACAAGUAGAAACAAAAAAGUACUUUUUGAAGCAAGCCAAAGAAGCUAUCAAUACCCUUGAGAAAUCGAGUCGAUCCCGUAAAAUAAUAUCUGAUGAAGAGUGGCAAAGAUUUCUCAAGAAACCGAUGUAUUUUCCGGAAAGAUCUGACCCGAUUGGCCUGAGUUUGGCGUCAGUCGGCUUGAGAACCAGAAGGGACACAUCUUUUGAGUGGAUAAAAUACAUGGAAAAUCAUUUGAAGGCAAUGGAAGAGAUAAUUCAGUAUCAAAAAAAUGCCAAUCACGACAUCACAGUUCUUACUGCAUUGUUAGAGCAAGGGAUCGACAAAUCUAAACAGGGUUCAUUUGACGCAGAGGUGUAUCCCACAACGCCCAAGAUGGAAAACCAGCAGUUGCUCUUGCAAACUGAGCAGUUUAUUAGGACAUAUCUCUCUGUAGAUAUGGUAAACGCUGAAGAUGUUGGAACUGAUAUCUAUGAUGAGGUUAUGGCUCUUAUAAAAAGACUGAUUAAUUACGAUAAAACGCUAAAGGUUACAGAUUUUCAUCAUGGCUCAAGAAGUCUUUAUCGACUACUAUUGCGUAGUAACUUAAUUGAAGUAGAAAGUGAUGAAAAAGGUGAAAAACACAUUAAAUUACUAGAUUUUAGGAAGUCAGACCUAUUAUAG